AUGGGAUGCCUCGGUCUCAUCGCACCUGCCGACAGAAUCCCGCGAUUCCACACCAGCGUCUCUAUUGUCUUCACAUUUCACAUCUCGCCCUCCACUCCCAGUACGAUCGUUCCGCCACUUUCGGACAUCGCCUACACACCCUACAAGGCUGAAGGGGUACAGUAG